AUGUAACAGGUUAGAAUGGAAAAUGUUAUGUUCGCAGAGAAAGCAAAGAAGAAAAAUAAAAAGAAAUCCCUUGGGGAAAUUCAAGUCGCUAUGAAGUGCCAUGUAGAACCAUCUGAUGAAAUUGUCAAACUGGAUUGUAAGGAUUGGCCACUGUUGUUUAAGAAUUUUGACAAAAUGCUCACACGUACAAAACACUUUACUCCACUCACAAGUGGGACAACACCACUGCAUCGUUCUAUAUCGGAAUAUGUAAAAUCGGGUUGCAUAAAUUUGGACAAGCCAUCGAAUCCCUCAAGUCAUGAAGUCGUUGCCUGGAUAAAAAGGAUCCUGAAGGUCGAAAAAACUGGGCACUCUGGCACGUUAGAUCCCAAGGUGUCAGGCUGCCUAAUAGUCUGCAUAGACAGAGCAACCAGAUUGGCAAAAUCUCAGCAAUCUGCUGGCAAAGAGUAUAUAGCGGUAUUCAAACUUCAUUCUGCAGUAGAUAAUCUGCAAAAGAUAAAUCAAGCCUUGGAGAGAUUACGAGGUGCUCUGUUUCAAAGACCACCCUUAAUAUCAGCAGUAAAACGACAAUUGCGUGUCAGGACAGUAUACGACAGUCACUUCUUGGAUUACGACUCGGAACGCAAUAUGGGAAUUUUCCAUGUUAAAUGCGAAGCUGGCUCUUACGUUAGGACGAUAUGCGUUCACCUUGGUCUCUUCUUAGGCACAGGAUGUCAGAUGCAAGAGCUGCGCAGAAACCGUUCUGGUAUUCAGUCCGAGAAGGACGGAAUGGUAACCAUGCACGAUAUUCUAGAUGCUCAAUGGUUAUAUGAAAAUCAUGGGGAUGAAUCCUACCUUCGAAGAGUGAUCAAACCCUUGGAAGCCCUUUUGGUUGGACACAAAAGAAUCAUAGUAAAAGAUAGUGCCGUCAAUGCAAUUUGUUAUGGAGCCAAGAUAAUGGUACCAGGUAUUUUAAUGUAUGAUGAUGGAAUCGAAUUGAACCAGGAGAUUGUAAUUGUAACUAGCAAAGGAGAGGCUAUUGCACUAGCUACUGCAAUGAUGACUUCACCUACCCUUACGGCGUGCGAUCAUGGCGUGGCUGCCAAAAUCAAGCGUGUCAUAAUGGAACGAGAUGCAUAUCCUAGAAAAUGGGGCCUUGGACCGAAAGCAUCGAUUAAGAAACGUUUGAUAGUCGAAGGAAAAUUAGAUAAACAUGGAAAACCAAAUGAAAAUACACCAGCUGAUUGGCUCUCAAGUUACGUAGACUAUUCUGACGUCAAGACCGAAGAAAAUGGAGUGACUGAUAAUGGCACUAAGAAACGUAAAUGGGAGGAAACGCAAAACACGAGUGGAACAGCCGACGUGUCAAUGACCUCAAUCACCGAAGUAGUAGUGGCAGUAAAAGAUGAAGUAAAGACAGAAGUAGAUACGCCAUCGUCCAAGGAGAAGAAAAAGGAAAAAAAAGAGAAAAAGAAGAGGGAAAAGCAGGAAGCUGAGAACAGUGAGGCUGCAGCACCUACAGGAGAAUCAGCAGAGUCACCAGCAAAAGAACAGAAGAAGAAGAAGAAGAAGAAGAACAAGGAAGAAGAAUCGUCAACGGCUUAAGACCAUUUUCCAAAUGAAAGAAUAUACCGGCUAGACAUCUGUGUUACUUUUAAGUUGGUUAUAAAGUGGUUUUUUAAACAAUAAGACUCUUUCAUGGAACUAACGCCAAAGCCGGGGUUUAAGAGAGAAGAGACAAAUAGAAAAAGCAAACAGUAUUGCGCUUUACCACCAAGUCUCUUUGUACAAGUUCGUAUGAUUCCAUUUAAUCAUGCAUUUCUUAUUGUAUCUGAGUAACGGUAGAAUAUCAGUAUGAUUGCAAAUAUUUGUACAACUAGAACGUGUAUAGAUAUUGCACUGAUACGUGGGUAUAAGAAACAUGGUAAGAAAUGAUUGAUUAAUAAUCGAUCACUCAUUAUCGUGUAGUGUACAUAAAUCUAUAUGAGCCGUGUUGGUCCGUGAAUUUACCUGAGCACAAGAACUGCUACGGGGCAACCGGGUGCAUUUAAAUUGUUAUAAAAACAUAUUUACUAUCUUGCCCCAAGACUCUAAUUUCCGCAUAUAUACCUCGAUCCUUACAGAUCACAUAUCUAGUAAUCCAUGAGGAAAUACAGUGAAAUAUUCCACAGUGCUCGCAUUCUCGUAACCUUACGUGCAUCCCAGUCAUAUGAGAUACGUCGACAAUAACGUCGAUGCUAUUUUACUACUUGAUUUUAUAGAGAUAUUCAUAAGACGCACAUACUGUAGUACAGUAGUGGAACAAGUAGUUCGGUACGGUCAAAUGUGUAUGAUGUACAAGUGGCGAAUGCAUUAGGAUUUUAAAGAUAAUUUACUAUUUUCAAUAAAAAGUUAAAAAACGGCCA